CUCCUAGUCUGGCCCAAACCCACUGCCCACCCUGUUUUCUAGGGAGCCUCCAUACAUACUUGCAGUUAUUCUUCUUUCUGUCUAGUGCCUCGUUUAUCUCCCAGCAGAGAACCCAGGAGUCCCAGUUCCUAGUCUGCUGUUUCCAAAUUCACAGCAACUCUGUUCUCUUCUAAACAAUGGAUAAUUCUUUGAUUUCGUGUACCCCGGCCCCUUCUACCCAAAAUCCCGCAUUUGUUUCCCGGCUGCUGUCCUAAACUCACACCCGGUCAUUAGUUGUUUGCUCCCUUCCAGAGAUCCAUAUUCCAAAGAUCCAUAUUGUCGGUUCCCAGAUUCCACCAUCACUUAUUAACCCGUCCUGUGCUAGGAAACCCCGGAAUCUUGGCUUUCACUAAUCAAAUCCUUAGAUUUUAAUCUUGCCAGUCUCUGUCUCCCCCUGCCCCGUUGUCCACUAAAUAAAAGGUCAAUCCAUCUUCUCAGCAUGCCCACCUUAUAUCUUUCUCCGCAUCCUGAUAACUUCCAGAACCUCCGUGUGCUGGUCGCAGCUCGUUAUGGCCGACAGGAGCCCAAAGUGGUUGGGCUUCCUCCCGAUACAGAGUUGGGGAACCCUUCCUUCUCCUUGCCCAAACUUCCAGCUUUAGAAACCCAGACGGGCGUCUACGUGUCUGGUCCAGCAGCUGUUUCUUACUUCCUGUCCCCCGAUGCUAUGAGAGGAGAAAACCCAGAAGCGGGCACUCUGAUACGGCAGUGGAUUAGUUAUGCUGACUUGGAAAUUGCCCCCGCGGCCUGUGCAGCGGCCUUCUCUGUGCUGGGUGUCUCCAAGCAAAGUAAACAGGUGACGGAUCGUGCUGUGGCAGAACUCCAGAAACUACUUGCAGUGUUGGACGGUCACUUGAAGCUGCGGACGUACCUGGUGGGGGAAACUGUGACCUUGGCUGAUGUGACAGUAGCCUGUUCUCUGCUGUUGCCAUAUAAAUACGUCCUAGACCAAGCUCUCCGUACUUCUUACACCAACGUUACCCGAUGGUUCCAGACCUGCAUUAACCAGCCAGAAUUUCAAGCUGUUUUGGGUCCAGUGAAGCUGUGUGACCAGGUGCCAGGAGUGGGUGCCCCUAAAUCGGAGCUCAAGGAGCCUUCAGUACGUCCUGGGACAGAGCUGCCAGAGCAGAGAGAGCUAACAGAGCCCCCAGCCAAAAGUGCAUCCCAGCUGAAGAAAGAGGCCAAGAAAAAAGAAAAACUGGAGAAGUUUCAACAGAAGAAGGAAAAGAACCAGCAGCAGCAAAAGGGAGAGAAGAAGCCCAAGGCUGAAAAGAAGGAAAAGAAGGAUCUUGAAGUUAUAACCUAUGACAUUCCAACCCUUCCAGGGGAAAAAAAAGAUGUGACUUGCGCCAUGCCCGACUCCUACAGCCCACAGUACGUUGAAGCUGCCUGGUACCCGUGGUGGGAGAGCCAGGGAUUUUUCAAGCCAGAGUAUGGGCGUCGCAGUGUGUCUGAGCCGAACCCCAAAGGCCUCUUCAUGAUGUGUAUCCCUCCACCCAACGUCACAGGAUCUCUCCAUCUUGGCCAUGCUCUCACCAACGCCAUCCAGGACUCUCUAACUCGAUGGCACCGGAUGAAGGGGGAGACCACCCUGUGGAACCCUGGUUGUGACCAUGCCGGCAUCGCUACGCAGGUGGUGGUGGAGAAGAAGCUUUGGAAGGAGCAAGGGAAGACACGGCAUGAUCUUGGCCGUGAGCUGUUUGUGGAGGCAGUCUGGAAGUGGAAAAAUGAAAAAGGUGAUCGGAUUUACCAUCAACUGAAGAAGCUUGGUUCUUCAAUGGACUGGGACAGAGCCUGUUUUACUAUGGACCAAAAACUCUCCCGCGCUGUCCAAGAGGCUUUCAUCCGGCUGCACGAGGAAGGGGUCAUUUACCGAAGCAAGCGCCUCGUCAACUGGUCGUGCACCCUCAACUCGGCCAUCUCUGACAUCGAGGUGGAUAAGAAGGAGCUAACGGGCCGAACACUCUUGCCAGUCCCUGGCUACAAAGAGAAGGUUGAGUUUGGGGUGCUAGUCUCCUUCGCUUACAAGAUUGAGGGCUCUGGUGAAGAAGUGGUGGUGGCUACAACUCGUAUUGAGACCAUGCUGGGGGACACAGCGGUUGCGGUCCAUCCUCAGGAUCCCCGGUACCAGCAUCUGCAUGGCCGGAGUGUCCUGCAUCCUUUCACCGGACGGCUCUUGCCUAUUGUUUGUGAUGACUUUGUCGACAUGGAGUUUGGAACUGGUGCUGUGAAGAUUACCCCAGCCCACGAUCAGAAUGACUACGAGGUUGGCCUGCGGCAUGGACUUGAUUUCAUCACCAUCAUUGACGAAAACGGCUAUCUUGUCAACGUGCCGCUUCCCUUCUUGGGUAUGAAGCGAUUUGAUGCCCGUCAAUCGGUUUUGGAAGCUCUGAAGCAAAGGGGUCUCUUUAGGGAGGUGAAGGAUAACCCCAUGGUGGUGCCCGUCUGCAGCCGCUCCAAAGAUGUGGUGGAGCCACUGCUGAAGCCCCAGUGGUACGUGCGCUGCGACACAAUGGCCCGGGGGGCAGCUGAGGCCGUGCGUCGAGGUGACCUGCGCAUUGUGCCGGACUUCCACCUCAAAACUUGGUUCAAUUGGAUGGACAAUAUCCGGGAUUGGUGUAUUUCUCGGCAGCUGUGGUGGGGCCACCGUAUCCCAGCAUAUUUUGUGACCAUUGAUGAUCCCUCUGUUCCACCAGGAGACGAUACAGAUGGCAAAUACUGGGUAAGUGGCCGAAACGAGCAAGAGGCCAAAGAGAAAGCGGCCCAAGUCUUCAAGGUGUCUCCAGAUAAAAUCUCCCUCCGGCAAGAUGAAGAUGUCCUGGACACUUGGUUCUCAUCUGGUCUGUUCCCCUUCUCCAUCUUUGGAUGGCCAAACCCUAGUGAAGAUCUCCAGGUGUUUUACCCUGGGACCCUUCUGGAGACUGGGCAUGAUAUUCUCUUCUUCUGGGUGGCCCGCAUGGUCAUGUUGGGUCUCAAGCUUACGGGGAAGUUGCCAUUCAGAGAGGUUUACCUUCAUGCUGUCGUUCGGGAUGCCCAUGGUCGAAAAAUGAGUAAAUCGCUGGGAAAUGUGAUUGAUCCACUAGAUGUUGUUGCUGGCAUUACGCUAGAGGGCUUACAUGCUCAGUUGCUAGAGAGCAAUUUGGAUCCAGCUGAGGUAGAACGAGCGAAACAAGGACAGAAAUCAGAUUAUCCCUGUGGGAUUCCAGAAUGUGGGACAGAUGCGCUCCGGUUUGCUCUCUGUGCUUACACGUCUCAAGGCCGGGAUAUAAACCUGGACGUCAACCGGAUUCUGGGCUACCGGCAUUUCUGCAACAAGCUCUGGAACGCAACCAAAUUUGCUGUCCGGGGCCUUGGGGAUGGAUUCCGGCCGCAAGCCAGCCCUGAGCCCAGUGGCUCAGAAAGCCUCAUCGACACGUGGAUGCUGAGUCGCCUGAGCCAUGCCGUGGAGUUGUGCGAUGUUGGAUUCAAGGCCUAUGACUUCCCUGGCAUCACCACAGCGGUGUAUAACCUCUGGCUCUAUGAGCUCUGUGAUGUCUACUUGGAGUGCCUAAAGCCUGUGUUUGCUGGUCCAGAUGAGGUCGCGAUCCAAACGGCCCGGAAUGUUCUCUACAGCUGCUUGGAUGCUGGACUUCGUCUACUCAGCCCCUUCAUGCCUUUUGUCACGGAGGAGCUAUACCAGCGGCUGCCUCGACGAUCUCCUUCCGCCGACCCCCCCAGCAUCUGCAUCACUCCUUACCCCAGUACAGAGCAGUAUCACUGGAGGAAUGAGAGAUUGGACCAUACCGUCGACUUCAUGUUGAGUAUUGUUAGGGCUGUGCGUUCACUCCGAGCAGACUACAACCUCACCAAGACCAAAGCUGAUUGUUACUUGCAGUGCCUGGACUCUGGGACAGUGGAGGCUGUGACUCACUGCUCCGAAUACAUCUGCACUCUCUCCUCCUCCAAGCAAGUGUUGGUUCUGGAGCCUGGGCAAGCACCCCCUCCUGGCUGCGCCGUAGCUAUUGCCUCUGACAAAUGUACCGCACAUCUUCUGCUCAAGGGCUUGAUUGAUGCAGAGAAGGAGGUCUCCAAACUGGCAGGCAAAAUAGCUGAGCUGCAGAAACAAAUCCUGAGGUUGCAUGAACGCAUGGACAGCCCAGACUAUGCUGCCAAGGUGCCUACCAAAGUCCAGGAGACAGACACAGCCAAGCUGAAACAAAGUGAGACUGAACUGCAGAAGGCAGAAGAAGCCAUUGAGAACUUUAAGAAGAUGAUCUGAAAUUGAAGAAAAGAAUCGAUGUGACUAUUGGAAUACGUUUUUUCCCCCCUGAAGUUGGGAUUGGGGAGGAAACGUUUCAGAGAAAGUCCUUAUCUUUCAAGAGAGGAAAGGACCUGUUACUUUUUUGUUGGGGCAUUUCUUGGUUUAUUCUAUUUUCUGCAGAGACAUUAAAAUAUUUUGCUGAGUUAGAA